GCAACAUAGGCACAGUCAACACAGACCAGUCACCGAGCAACACAACAUGAUCAAGUUUGUCGUUCUCGCCCUGUGUGUGGCCGCCGCGGCUGCCGACGGUGGAUAUGGUGGUGGAUAUGGUGCCCAGAGCCACGUCAGCGUCCAACAAUACAAUCCCUGGGGCAGCAGCAAAUAUGGAGUUCAUCAGACUCACGCCAAGUUUGCCGGCCAUGGUGGCGGAUACGGCGGAUACGGAGGAUACGGCAAGUUUGUCGGAGGACACGCCAAAAUCUUCGCUCAGGCCAAGGGAUCUAGUGGAUAUGGACAUGGUGGAUAUGACGGUGGAUACGGCGGAUACGGCGGUGGAUACGGCGGAUACGGCGGUGGAUAUUCCUACAAGUACAGCGCUGAUGUCGGACAUGACGGAUACGGUGGAUACGGCCACUAAAAUUAUCUUGUUCUCCCCGCUGAGCUCAUAGAAAAGAGGUAAAUGUCAAGUGCUAGAUGUGUAUGUAUGUAUGUAUGUAUGUAUGUAUGUAUGAAUGGCUGGGUGUAUGUAUGUAAUUGUAUGUAUGUAUUAACAUCAAAAGCCUUCCGGCAUAUAGCCUGGCGAUUAUGGCAUUGAACGUUACUGUAGAAUGCGAAAUAUAUUGUGAUGCAAUG